AAGGAGGCUCCCACGCCGAACCCGAAUCCUAGUUCUUUGCGCGCUGAAGACUUUGGAACCCUCAGAUGGCCAAACUGCUACAACCGCCCCCCAAGUUCCUGCCCCCGGAGUGGCACAUCGCUAACAAGAACCAGUACCACAAUGCAGAGGCCCAAAGACUCGAGGAGGUCAAGUUCUGGAAGAAGGAGCUAGAUGACAAACUUGAGCAGCUUGUGCACGAAACCGAGGAUCUGCUCAACUUUCAGAUCAGGUUGGAAAAAGCCCUGGAGAGCUUAAAAGAACCCUUGCACAUCACUCGGAUGUGCCUGAAAUACAGGCUGAACCGUUCUGCCAAGUACAACCUUGAAAAGGACCUGAGGGACAAGUUCACAGCCCUGACCAUCGACGAUAUCUGCUUCUCUCUCAACAACAACUCGCCAAACAUCAGAUAUUCUGAGAACGCCACCAGGGUUGAACCAAACUCCGUGAGUCUGGACGACUGGCUGGACUUCUCUAACACCAACGUGGAGAAGGCUGACAAGCAGCGCAACAACUCGCUGACGCUCAAGGCCCUGGUGGACCGCAUCCUGUCCCAGACGGCCCUGGACCUACGCAAGCAAUGCGAUGUGGUGGACACAGCGUUCAAGAACGGGCUGAAGGAGACCAAGGAUGCCAAGGACAAGCUGGCUGUGCACCUGGCCAAGGUCAUGGAAGAGGUUGCUUCCCAGGAGAAGAACAUCAUAGCUCUUGAGAAAGCCAUCCUUGAUCAAGAAGGGCCCGCCAAGGUGGCUCACACACGCCUGAAGGCCAGGACGUGCCGGCCGAAUGUGGAGUUGUGUCGGGACACUGCUCAGUACAGGCUCAUCAGGGAGGUUCACGAGAUCAGCCGUAAUGUUUCAAGACUGAAGGACACCUUAGCCCAAGCUCAGGUGUUGCUGAAAGGCCUGAACCGCAGGCAGCUGGCCCUGCAGGAGGAGAUCGCUGUCAAGGAGAACACCAUCUACAUCGAAGAGGUGCUGUGCAUGCAGAUGAGGAAGUCCAUCCCGCUGAGGGACGGGGAAGACAGAGGGAGCUGGUCCGGGGCCCCCCGCCGGGAGGCAGUCUGCUCGUAGGAGGCAGAGCUCAGA